GCGGGACUUUAAUGGCACUGAUGUCACAUCGGCCCAUUUUUCUGGGAGCUGUAGCUGCUCCACCACAAAGGUACCCUGAAUGCAGCACCGACUGUUUUGAUGCGGGGCAUUUGGAGUCGCAGAGAACUUGCUUUAACCACCACAUCGUGCAACAUCCUACCUAUGUGAGCUUUGAUCGUACAUUAACCGCCAAGUCUCUUGGAUUCCUCACACAUAUUUGAUACAGAAGGCACUUCCUUGAAAAAGAGACAAACGCAUAACCCCCGGUAGAACGAACAAAAUCUACAUUCCAAUCAUGACAUCAAGUGUUGCCUCCGGGCUUCCGUUGUCCACGUCAACGAAUCCCCAAGCCAAGCCACCAACAGAUGCCACUACCACAGCUGCGUCUAUACCGAACCUCAAAGAUCGCCUCCCAAAGCUCGAGCCACGACGGCGGCGGCCUGCUCCCUCAAAUCCUGUCCCGGUACCAGAGACGCCUAAUCUUCCGCCGCCGACUGGCACAUCUCCAGAGACACAGUUCAGAGUACCUACGAGGCGCAUCCUUUCAAAGAAAGACCACGAUUUAUUCGUUGCUGCACCCGCAUACAAGCUUAUUCUUGCCUUCGUCUUUGGACUUUCCGACGCAGUCGUUGACAAGCCCAUAUCCGCCAUCAAAGACUCGGAUCUGAGUCCUGCGGUGCAGACCAUCAAUGCAUUAUUGGACGAGGCCUCGGAGCUUGUGAAGCAGUCUCCACCGGACGAGCAGGGCGGCUCGCGGUUUGGCAACAAACGGUUUAGAGACUUUCUUGACAAUGUCAAGGAGAGGGCUCCGUCGUGGCACAAGAAACUUGGGAUCAAGGACGAGGGAGACGCAAUAGCCGAAGCUGUCACGUACCUCGGCCAGUCUUUUGGUAAUAGGAUGCGCAUCGACUACGGCUCAGGCCAUGAGCUCAACUUCCUCAUGUGGCUUCUCUGUCUAUACCAGCUUGGCGUUGUUACCAAGUCCGACUUUGCCGCGCUUGUGCUGCGCGUCUUUGUCAAAUACCUGCAGGUCAUGCGCCUCGUGCAGUCUACAUACUACCUCGAACCGGCAGGAUCCCACGGAGUGUGGGGAUUGGACGAUUACCAGUUUUUACCCUUCCUCUUUGGUGCCUCGCAGCUGCUUCACCACCCUUUCAUCACACCUCUGGCCAUCCACCAGCAGUUGACUAUCGAGGAGUUCGGCCACGACUACCUCUACCUCGACCAGGUCAACUUCGUCAAUAGCACCAAGACUGUGCAGGGCCUACGCUGGCACAGCCCUAUGCUUGACGACAUUUCGGCUGCCAAGUCGUGGUCCAAGGUGGAAGGAGGCAUGCGGAGGAUGUUUGUUGCAGAAGUCCUCAACAAGCUCCCUGUCAUGCAGCAUUUCCUCUUCGGCAGCUUGAUCCCUGCUGCAGAGGGCAUGACGGAGCAGGACCUGGCUGGACUGCAGCCUGAGGACGAGGAGACUGAGGGUGGGCAGGUAGAGGUGUUCAACGACGAGGGCGGCGUCAGGCACAUGCACCAACAGAAUGGCUGGGGCGAGUGCUGUGGCAUCAAGGUGCCUAGCAGCGUGGCGGCAGCCGCAGAGAUGCGGAAGCGAGGCAUCGGUGGCGAUAGUCUCAGAAGGAUUCCUUUUGAUUAAGAUUAGAGCCCCACAGCAAAUAAACUGAUGAGCCAUGAUGUGCAGUCUUUCUCUUGCGAAGCUCUCACAAGCCACUAUAUGAGCUCUCAUUCGCGCUCUAACCCUACAGCCGAGCUUUCCUGACUGUAGCGAGAGUGCCCAGAACAUGAUGCGCCGUCAAGCGUGACAUACUGGUCUUCCCCGCCAAUGGUAUAUCGUAUCAAGAGACAGGACCAAAGAUCCAACCAUAGAAUGCAAUCCGAUAUGUUAGUUUCGGUGGGUCUCUCGCUCCUAUCAUCGCAAGGCCCUUCGCAGUAUUGGACAGUGCUUGCGAAAAGCAUUCCGUAGUCCGUUUACUACGCAUUUCCUGUCCCACCGCAUCCAACACUACUUGUCGAAAACUGGUAGAUUCCAUUGUAUCCCUCCACUGAUUCCCUCCUCUCCUCCAAGACAAUCUGCGCAAGCUUGGCUCUUUGGUAAAGCAUAACUCCAUUCAGAUUCUUCACUUCCCUCAAAGCAUGGUACCGCUGUAUCCAGCAUCAAACCACGCCGGCACUGAUACCCACACCAAACCGCCACGGCUGGACCAAUUCGUUGAAAUCCACCACGUGGGCGCCUGGCGGUAUCUUGAUGGCAUGGGUGGUGUUGUCAAAAGGCAGGCUGGAGGUCUUGGCGGCCUGACGUUUGGAGUUCUCAAAGUCAAUCGUAGCCGUCGACGUCCUUUCCAAAACCUGACCCAGGGUGAGGUCGACGCCACAGGGCUGCUGCUGCUGCUGCUGGUGGUGGUGGUGGCCGACGUCGAGUAGGUUGCGCACUGACUGGCGCGUGACGAUCUCGCGGCCGCCGAGGAUCAUGGCGCACCCUGAAAAUGGGGAAGCUGUUUCUCUCGCAACGACGACGGAUCGGUGACAGCAAGGUGUAUUUCAACAACGGAGCACAGAGGUGGGUUGCAUCGGCCAGUGUUGUGUGCCCAGCCUGGCUCCCACUUGCUCCCUUAGAACUGGUACUUAUUCGUAGUACCGAUUCUGCCCUCACUCGACCUCAACACCGCAAGGAUAGUGCUCACUGGUGCGUGAGCCUUUGGCAAUUUGCAUAAUUGUGGUCCACAAAUUCGUGCAAACUGGAAGCGAAAAGAAACCAGGUGUUUGCACCCCUCUCGCGAACAUCAGCUGGUCGACAGCCCCUUGACUGUCGUCCAUGGUUAUGUUGUAACCAUUUCGGUUGCCGUUGUUUAGAUAGCCGCUGUAUGAGCUGAUGACUAUGUCGUCCAGGGUGAUGCCACCCCAGUGCGUGCCAUUAAGUACGUCGUGGGUGCCGCCUGAGAGUCUUUGAAAUGGCCGGUCUGAGUGGGGAAGAAGGGGAAGACCAGGAGUAUUAGUUUUGACAUGAACAUUGUGUGAUCCGACUCUCAGCACAUAGAACUGGUUUCCAAGCCAGCAGACGCCCGUUUUCUCAUGUGUUUCUUGGUCCAUGUAGGGGUCCAAUGUCUUGGGCAUAGUGUCUGAGCAUGCCUCGCCGGUUUUACUACAGACCGAACAACGUCAGCUGACUUGAAGAAGAGGCACAAAACACAUCGCGACCUGGAUGAAGCAUAAAGAGAGUUUAGUAAACCUCUACUUACAGCACAAAAGGCGUAAAUCCAGCUGGCGCAUCUGCCCAUGCUAUUUGGAUCAUUUGCCCAAACGUGAUGCUCUGGAUAAUGUCCGUCACCUCCGAUAGGUUGACAUCGGAAGGCACCAUGUUCAUCAUGCCGUCUCUUAUCAAAGAUUCCAACAUGUCGAUAGUCGUCUGGUUUGACCCGGAGAAUAUUUCCGAUAAAUAGUCAGACUGAGUUUUCUUCCAAUAGUCAAACAAGGUACCCAUGGCAGAAGUGAGGUUAUUCUGCACACUGGCGGCGUCUUUGGCACUACGUUUCUCAUGAUUAGUAUCUUGGCUUGGGUCGCGACCGUCAGAUUUGGCAGCGCGAUGCGACUCACGGUUUGAGGUUGUCCUUGGUGAGAGCGAGAGAAGACGAAAUUACGCUGUUGAAGCUAUCUUUGGCGAAACUAAGAUAGGCGGCAGUGGCGAAUAUCUGGGCGUUUUUUAUGACUUUUUUUCCCAAGUCAGCAUAUCUAUUCCACCGCUAUCUUUGUAGCGUCAAGACUGACCGAUGUUCCACGUACCAGCCGACGCAACACCCAUGCACAGUUGUAAUACAUCCAGCAGGGUCUUCACGAGGGCUGUGUCGUCUCUCUCUUUUAUCUGGGGGGCAAAGACAUCGACGAAGCUUGCCAUUGACGUUUGAAUGUUGAUUUGCGCAUCUUGUAGUGCUUCGUGGUAUUUUUGGUAGACCUAUGCAACCCAUACGUAUCAGCUGCAGUGGCGUUGAGAUUGAUGUUUUGUCUGCUUACCCACAUUGUGUAGCCGAGAAAAAG